GCUCGCAAUCAAUUCUCCGUGAGUCAUUGGAUAUCUACGACUAACCUUCCUGGUCAAUGCCACGAAUCAAGUCAAAUUUAGGGCUGAACGGAAGGAGAGAGAUGAAAAUGGAAGACUUGAGCCCGGAUUCUGACAUGGGAGAGUAAAGGCCGAGUCGGAGCCGAGCGAAAAGUUUUGUGGUCCAGACAGGGUCGCAUGAGGUCAUUUGCAACAAGGAUCGCACGAAAACAAAAUUAAAAAAAGUCCCUAACGUCGGAAAGCAAAUCCUGGCCGUGACCUAUCCAAACAGCAUGGCACAAUCUUGUAUUGUGGGCGGCGCCUCGUUCCGAGACAGUUCGGGGAAAUCAGGCUUAUUUAAAGCUAUGUUGAUCCCGCUGUACCGUGUUAUAUAUGGAUCAAUAGCUCAAACCACCCGUUCCUCCGACCAAACGCAAAAUGCCAACUUCAUCUCUGCCGUGGAAAUCUCAGUCCCAAGAUCUUCCUUAUACCUGGGAUAAUAUAAUUGGCCUAGACACUGGCUUGGCGCCGAUGCCUGCGUUUGAUACCAUGGUUGAACCACCCUCCACAAGUCUCCAUCGUCGACCAAAUUCGCAAGACAGCCUCGACUCUCUCUCAUGCUACUUGCCUCAAUGGUCGGCUUCUUCUUCCAACCUUCUCCCAUGGGACGUGUACGAGGACUGGACGUCUCUGAAACACUCCUUGGCGGUACCCAACAAUUUCGAGGGAGCGCCAGUGCAACCGUCACUGAAGCCAGAUGCAAUCCAAAGGGCGUUGGACGCGCCCUCUAGAAUCUGCGGGUCCCCGCAACAGUCUCAUUGCUCGGCGACUAGCUCCCCAGUCGCCUCACUCUCGCCACCUCCCUCUUCCCCGUCUGGAUCGUCUCGAUCCACGCCCCAUGAAGGGCCCGCUCAUCCCUCGUCCCGGCGAUCCGCCCAUAAUAGAAUUGAAAAGCGUUAUCGGGAGAAUCUGAGCAAGAACUUUACUGCCCUUGAAUCGUCACUGCAAAGUUACUACACCCGAGGGGUUGGGAGUGGUCGGCCCCGGUUCUACUGUCAAAGGAAGCAUGCUUCCAAGAAGAUGGCAGUCCUGACCGAUGCCGUCAAUUAUAUUGGAGAACUAGAAGCGGAGACAGUGAUGUUGAAGAAGAAGUUGGAAACGUUACGCCAAGCGCUGUUACCAAAUGGCAUAUGGAAGUACACCUUGAACGAUGACUAAAAAAUCUUUUCAAAGUUUUGAUUCUUUGACGCCGUCGCUCCUUGGCAAAUUACCAAACCUUCAAUCUCCGAGGACGUCAACUAACUUAUCAUGUGUGAGUUAUAUAAUAGGCAAAAC